AUGGCGGUUUUGUAUGUCAACUCCUCUCUGCUCUUCAUCUCUCACAGAACUCUCAACUCCACUGGUGUUGAAGAGACAGUCUAUGAACAUUGUAAAAACAUGCCAGCUGUUCUUAUCUGGUAUCUGACCCUGCAGUUUACUAACAUGCUCCUAGGCAUCCCAGCCAACGUCAUGGUACUGUGGCUCAUGCACAAAAACAAGCAUGACUCCUCCACCUCUGAUAUCUUCAUCCUCCAUCUGGCGAUUUUAGACAUUCUCUUCUGUCUCAUCCCUCCCCUGGAGCUUGUAAACCUUGUCUUCUUCAGCAUCAGCAGCAACUGGUACAUCCUGCGCUUCUUCUACGGCAUCAAAGACUCCUCGCCGCUGUUCCUUUCCUGCAUCUGUCUGGAUCGCUACAUGGCCGUGGUCCACCCCAUCAUGUUCACUAAGCUCAAGGACCGUCAACACAGGGAAGUCCUGGCCAUUGUAGUCUGGCUAAUCAUUCUCGCCUACGCGGCUGCUAAAUGUGCAGGGAACAUCGUUAACUUCAACAAGGUUUUCACAGUGAUGAUCCUUGGCGCUUUUGCCUUUAUGGUGUUCUGCAAUUCAGCGAUUCUCUGGGUGCUGAGGCAGUCACGGCCUGGCAGAGAUGAGAUGCAUCCUGUGAAGAAGAAAGCCUUCAAGAUGGUCCUCAUUAUCCUGGCCAUCAUAGUCUUCAACUACUUCCCACCUGUUGCACUCUUCCCCUUCCAAGACUACUUUUCCCCCGAUGUGUUUCGUUGCUACAUUCACUACAUCGCCUUCGGCUUGAUGGACUUCAGCAGCACCAUUCAGCCUAUUCUCUAUCUUUCCAAGGAAAAGCUGCCAUGGAGCAUCAAACACUCCCAGAGCAGCAAUACUCAAAUCCAGUCAGGGUAG